GCCGCUGUUUGAAUGCUCUGCGGAAACAGUCACAACUCAACUGAAUCGACAAGUUGACCACGGUACAAUGCAGUUAGCAACCUGACGAAUGAAAAGGAGAAUGAAAAUCACCGCUCUAGACGAGGCUAACGGUAAAUGAAAGUAGUUUUUUCCCCCGCGUAAAGCAUUUUUUUCUCCACAUUUGUAUCGUUUAUAAACUAACGUGGCUCGCUCACGCCACUCAGCUAACUGCAUUGCAAUCUACAGCUAACCAGUCGAUAGCAUCCCAUGAUGGAUGCGAGUCGUUAACUUGUAGCUCUUACUGCUGAGGCUCCAGACAGUAGAUAUAGGACGACCGAUUGAUCAAAGUUGAAGAAAACAACGGUAUAAAAAUGAAAGUCAUGGAGAAGAAUGUGAUGCGUCUGGUGGCUGUGCAACAUCUCCGCUCAGCGUUUGGGAUAAAGACAAAGAACUGGAACAAAAACAAGGCAGCCAGCUGGAGGACGACAGCCAGCACCUCGACAAAGGUUUUUGGUGUGUCCCUGGAGAGCUUACCAUACUAUAAUAUGGAAUGCGGGCGCGUACCAAGCUUUCUGGUCGAUGCAUGCAUGAAGCUGCAGGCACAUGUCGACACAGAGGGCCUGUUCAGAAAGUCGGGCUCUGUCAUUCGUUUGAAAGCACUCAGGGCUAAACUGGACAUGGGUGAGGAGUACCUUUCCUCUGCACUUCCCUGUGACGUGGCCGGGCUGGUGAAGCAGUUUUUUCGGGAGCUGCCAGAGCCGGUGCUGCCCACAGAGCUGCAGGAGGCCUUUCUCAAGGCCCAGCAGCUCCCCACUGAGGAGGAGAGGACCUCUGCCACCAUGCUGCUGUCAUGUGUACUGCCUGAUAAAAACCUGAGCGUGCUGCGUCACUUUUUUGACUUCCUCAACAAUGUGUCCAAGAGGUGUGCGGAGAAUAAGAUGGACAGCAGUAACCUGUCUGUAAUCUUGGCUCCCAACCUCCUUCACUUCGGAGAAAGUACAGAGAAGAUGAACACCAACACCGAGAAACGACUCAAGCUCCAGGCAGCCAUCGUGCAGUGCUUCAUUGAGAACGCCCACAGCUUUGGUGUGUUACCACAGUUCCUCCAAGAGAAAAUUCCAGCCAUGCUGGGCUGUGAGUCAGGGGUUCAGUCCCCUACCCAUGAGGGUCUUGAGGAGCUGGACUUGAACUCAGGGAUGAAGAAGAGACACAGGCGCAGCUUCGGAGAUAUGGUCAAUGGGGCUCUGAAUAAGAUAAAAACUAAUAGAACACCUACACAUGCCUCCCAGUCAGACAGUCUUGUCUUUUCCUCUGCUACUCCUGUGAUCGCAACGCCAACCUCAAAGCGAAAGCUUCCUUUGGAGUCUGGUCACUCUUUCGGAUUCUCAAACAAGAAACGUAGAUCAAUCAAAAAGAACCUUGGGAUAGAUUUACUUCCCAAUACUUUGUUCAGCGGGACUUCUACUCCUGGAUCAGCUUACAGCGCCUCGGGGGUCUUGGACACUUCCCACAAUGCUCUGUCACCAGCAGGGAGGUCAAGAAGGCAGUCGGCUACUUCUGUCAGGAGGAAGAGUCGACGGCUGAGCAACAGAAAUGCUGUUCACAGAGUGGAGUCAGGGAAGACUGGUUGCUUUUCUCCUAAAGUCGACAAAAAAGAAGCACCGCGCAAAUCUCUGCGUCUGCGUUUCAGCCUGGGGAAGAGCAGCAAAGAGGCUGGGUCUGAGUCCAUUGGCUGGCGACUUGCCACUCAGGAGAGCACCGCCAGUUUCUGUUUCACCAAAGAGACAGAGUUCAGUCCCUCUGUGCUGCCAAGGAAAGCUGAAUCCAAAAGCUCAAAGUUCAUCAGCAAGUCUGAAGACAACCUGCUGACCCCUCAAUGUGACUCAGGAGCCCUCGGUACCUCGUGGAGUGGAGAGACCCCUGUGGGUGGAGGGUCUUUCACAGACACCCCCAUGAACAUGUGCCUUAAGAGCACCUACAAGUCUGAGCCAGCCAUUGUUGUAUCAAAGCCGCCGGUGGUGGCCAGCCUUCCCAAGAAGCUUUGCUGCGCUUCCAGCGCUGAGAGUCUGGAGAGUGAGAGGUCCAUCACUGAAGAGCCAACUCAAACCGACCCCACCCUGCUGAAAAUAAAGAAGUCUGGCAGUGACCUCCUGGCUGUGGCACAAGAGCCCUACAAUACAACACAAGACUGCAUCAUAGUCCCUCCACCAGAGAGUCCUUCAGUCAGCGUGGACACAAAAGGGUAUUUGUUUCAAGCUCAGCAGAGCCACCUGGGAAACGAUCAGAACAUCACCUUUGGUCAUUUUGAAAUUGCGGCAUUAUCCCCUCUGCAUAUAGACAGUGUAGUUUUUGAGUCUGGUGCAUUCAGUCCAGCUGCUAAUGCUGCUGAAGAGUCUCCUUGUGCUGCUCCAAUCAGCAGCCACAACAACUCUAUGGUGGGAGAAAGUGAUGGAGAGUUGGAGCAGGUGAACUGCAGCAGGUUGAUCGACGCUCUGGACAUCCACAGCCCCGCUCUCUUUAAACUGGGCGUCUCCUCCGGGCUACAGUCCACACCAUACAAGCGGGAUCUGGACCUACCAGAAGAGUUUGGCACACCGAAACUUGGUACUACAGUCAGUUGCAGUGCGGUACAUGAAGAAAACGAAUCUUGCCAUGAGAUUGGUGCAGAAUUCCAAAACCAGCAGGCCCUAUCGCCUCGCAGCCUGGAGAGUGAAAAGCGUCGUGUGGCAGAUCACAUCCAGCACUUCAACAAGCUCACUCUCCAUUCUCCCAGAGGACCAAAGGGCUUUCACAUCCGUUCACCGCUCAAGUUCACGCGCACCCCAGUGCGUCAGACUGUCCGCAGGAUGAACUCUCUGCUGGGAGAGGGAAGGAGGCCCUCGAGAAAAACAGAGCUCACCAUCAACCAGGGCGCUCAGGUGGUGAAGGCAAUGAGCCUGGAGAGUGGCCUCUCCCCUCACCCUCAGCUCAAGCUCCUACAGGGAGAGGCGCAGGUGGGACUGCCCAAAAAGAAACCACCUCCAGUCCCACCCAAGAAGCCAAGCACCCUGGCCCGUAAAGCUAAGGCUUGUGCUCUGGGCGAUGUGACCAACAAGGUCCAAGCCAAGACCAAAGUGGACUCUUCUGUCCCCGGUCCACCAGCAGCUCAGAAGCCUGUGGUGCAGCAGCUAGCAGAGAAGGACAUGAACCAUUACAGAGGAUCACCCAGAAACCCUCUGAACCAGGCCUGCCUGCUGCCUGCCACCAAGCCUGUAGAUUUAUAGCUCCCAAUCUUUGAUUUCUCUUCAACUGGCAGGUCCAUGUCUGCCCGGACUACAUGACUUUAAACAUUCCCUCCUACAUCAUCCACAUGUUCAGGGGUUUAAUUUAUUUGUAGCUACGCUAGAUGCUGUUUGUGUUGAGUUAGGACAUAAUGGGAGAUGUUCAUAUGCCUUAUAUUUGUUUUACUUUAGUAAAACAAGUUUACAAAAAUCAACAUUGCAGCCUAUAAGAUGAUGUUAGACUGUAGAGUGCAGGCCAAAUGAUCUGUUGUGAAUGACAGUGUGACUGGAAAUGCUUAGAUUAAGACUUAGGCUUUUAUUUAUGCUUUUUUUCUAUCUAAUCCUUAGUUUUUUUUUAAAAGAAAAAUGUUUACUUAAGUUUUUUUUUAUUGCAGAAUAUUCUCAAACUGUUUCUUGCCAUGAUUAGAAAAUACGAAAAAAAAAUGCACCUUUAUUUGGAUUUUAUGGAAAAAAAGAAAGAAAGCCCAGCAGUAUUAGUCACCUAAUGUGUCUAUUGUAAUCAAUUCAUUUGAAGACAACAACCAGUGAAAGUGCUUUGCUAUGCCAGCUGCUUCAGACAAAUAAAAUCAAAUGGCAUGUA